AUGACCAGACCAACACUUGUCGCUAACACCGUUACACGCCUAUUGAGAAGUGGAAGGAGAAUUCAAGAAACGAAAAUCUCAUCGGGAAAAAUGGCAGUACCCGGGAGGAGGAACGGUCUAAUGGACGACGAAGAAGACGAAGGUCUUUUCGAAGAAGAUGGAAUAAUGGACGACCUUGAAUCCGACACGCCACCUCACCUCCGUGACCUCGCGGCCGCAGUGGAGCUCGGCGACAUCGAUGCCCUCCGGAACGCCCUAGAUAAUUUGAAUGGUAGCAUUGAUGAACCUGUUGAAGAUGGUGACACUGCUCUUCAUUUGACCUGUUUAUAUGGUCAUUUGCCUUGUGUACAGCUACUCUUGGAAAGGGGUGCAAACUUGGAGGCUCGGGAUGAAGAUGGGGGAAUUCCUUUGCAUGAUGCUUGUGCAGGAGGAUUUGCUGAGAUAGUUCAACAUCUAAUUACUAGGGCUAACAGUCCAGAGCGUGUGACAAGGAUGCUUGAAUCAGUUGAUGCGGAGGGUGAUACACCUCUUCAUCAUGCUGCAAGAGGUGAACAUGUGGGUGUUAUAAGGUUGUUACUGGCAGCUGGCUCUUCACCAACGAGAGCGAAUAUAUCUGGAAAGAUCCCAAGUGAGCUUGCCGAUCCAGAUUCAGAGGCAAGGAGAGUUUUGGAAGCUGCCGCUGGAGCAAUGCCAAGCCAGUAGCUAUUACAUUUCUCCCCAACAUUAAUUUUGAUAGAGUAGGCUUGACUUAUUUUAGUUGAACUACUUUUGGCAUGGUUGUGCCAGUAUUUUUAUUGGCCUCUCCCCCGCACGGUUAAGCCGUCACAAAGUUUCAAGAACCAUAUCCAUAUUCACAGUAGUUCUACUGUUGUUUUUAGACGGAGAAAAAAAUGAUGUUGAUCUAUAGUGGUUUUUAUAUGAUCAAAGAAUGCAUGUCUGAAACAGAACUAUAGUGAACUAUACUCUUUUCAAGUCUUUAAUACGUUUUUUGGUUUGGUUAAAUGGGAUUUUUGCCGCCAGUCACAAUUAAA